AUGGCCAAGCACGGCUCCAAGGAGUGGGCGAUCAAGGACCUGAACGAGCCGUCAUACGUCAAGAAAUCACCAGACGACCCAGGAUGUGAUUUGUCCAUGUCUGCCUUUGAGAAGUAUGUGUGCCGCAAUGACGUCGCCCGGUAUUGCACCUUGAUGUUCGACUUCCACUGCGCAAUCCCAGAAAUGGGUAACCUCAGUACUCUAUGUACUCAAUUGGCCCAUCUCGAGUAUGAAGGUCUUCCUCCCCAUUUGCGGCCUCCAGCAGACCUACCGAACGGGUGUGUCUUGUCCUAUAUCAUCGUCAACAACCAAGAUGGCACCAUGAACGUCCUUCGUGUCUUCAAAUUCGCUGAGAUAGUCGCAGUUCAAAAGGCACGAAAUAUCUGCACAGGCCACUUUGCUAUCCCGGCCAGCCGAAAUGGGCCCUGGGCAUGGUUGAAGGCAAUCUACUCACUGCUGGAUAGAUUGCCGGGUCAUCAUGUACCUCGGCUGCAACUGGUUGAGAAGGCCAGGGUCCUGGAUGCCGCCAACGAGGCCAUCGCUGAAGCCGUGGCAGACAUCCACAAGGAGAGGACAUGGAAGGCGGCGUCGGAGGACCUGAAGCCGAAGUUGUCGGCCAAGAAGUACGCUGGCGAGAAGACGCUGCUGUGGAUCAGCGACGGAAUCCUCUCCUGGCCCAUCGCUGCCAAUGCCGCGAAGGAAGGAGUGCUCCAGAUGUGGUACGCCUCCACGGAGCAGCAUACUCUUUGGGAUGACAUCGUGGCCGCGAUGACUGCAGCGGAGGUGCCCGAGGGGUCCUUCACCCAUGUCGGCUGGAUGUUCCACGGCACAGAGAUGACUGGCGAGUACAAGGAGCAGAACCUGAAGUUCCUGGCAGCCUUGAAGCCAUACCUCGCAGAGGGAGCGCGAGUGGACAUCCUCGCUUGCGAGAUGGUCGCGGGGCCCACAGGGCUGCAGGUCUUCAAAGAGCUGGAGCAAGAGUCAGGUAUCAACUUGGCAGCGUCCACGGACUUGACGGGGAAUUCCGCUGCCGGCGGCAACUGGAUACUGGAAACCGAUGGCGUGGACGUCAAAGGGGUGUACUUCACCGAUGCCAUCAAUGAGUUUUCGGAAACGCUCUUGGGAUUCGCCAUGCACAGGAAGAUCACGAGACGUGCCCGUAGAGGUCGUAGAUAG